CUGGACCAAUCAGGUAGCACGUUCCAGUACCUGUGAGUUUGGCACAACACCGUCACAGAAGCCAAACACAUUCGGAGGAUGCGACGUUUGCUGCUCGUUCUCUUCAUCUCAAGUGCCGUGAGCGACAUGACGGUGGUUGUAAACGGGGGAGAAAACUGCACCUUACGGGUCAACACACCUGAAAUGAGGGAUGUCAACCGAGUGACGCUGAGUCGUUAUGACAACGGCACACAAGUUCCCAUCUUCCGCUUCUGCUCCAUCAAAGAGAAGCAGAGAGGGUGCACCGCCAUCGACAGCGACGGACUCGAACUCCAGCUCGGAUCUGAGCACGUCUCUGUUGUUAUUCUUGAUCCUCGUGCCACAGACGCAGGAACGCGCAUUCUCGAAGUGAUCGGGAACAACACGAUCAAGGAAACGUUCAUCGUUGUAUUCAACGGGUCUUCUGGUGGCCCGUUCAUCACAGCCAGCCCACCACAAGACUUCAACACAGUGACUAUUGCUAGGGUCAUCACCGGGGUCAUCACCGUGUUAAUCAUAGUGGUGGUCACUGCUGUUGUCAGUGUAUACUUAUAUAAAAAGAAAAACCGGAAGAAACUUGAUUCCCUUGACCGGACCGUGGACUCAGAAGUGGCGGACACUCAAUCAAGCAUCAUUGGAGCAGAUGAACUCGACACAGACGCAUCCUCUGAGGAACACUGCUUGGUAGAGAAGAAACCAGAAGACCUUGACAGCACCCAUCCAGAAACACUUAAUUUAAUGAAUAAUAAUAAUAAUAAUAAUCAGAGUAUUAUUAUUAUUCCAUAAGUUCAACCUGCCACAGGAGCUGCUGAAACAGUUCUGCUCCGCCAUCAUUGAAUCCGUCCUCUGCACUUCAGUAACUGUCUGGUUCAGCUCAGCUACCAAAUCUGACCUCAGAAGACUACAGAGGGUAGUCCGGACUGCCGAGCGAAUCAUUGGUACAACCCUCCCUGCUCUCCAAGAACUGUACUCAUCCAGAGUGAGCAAAAGGACUAAGAAAAUCACUCUGGACCCUCACAUCCAGCACACUCGCUCUUUGAACUGCUGCCGUCUGGUCGACGCUACAGAGCUCUGAGGACUGGCUCUGAGCUUCUUCCCUCAGACAGUCCAUCUCAUAAUAGGCCUGUCGAUAUAUCGACUUAUCGCACGAUAUAUGGAAAUGAGCGCGAUCAUUUUUGGUGCCGCGAUAUAUUGCGACUGAUCAUUUUUUAUAAUUAAAAAUAAUGAUUAUAUAAUUUUUUUUACAUAAAAAUGAAUAUCACCAACAUUUUAGUCGAUCGCACUGCCUCUGUCAUCUCGUCUGCUCUCUGUGGCGGAGGCGGGGCUUAGGCAGCGUCCCCCCCCCCCCACACACACACACACAGAGCGGACAGCGACAGGUGAAGAGAAGGCACUGAACCCACUGCGUUAUAAAGUGUUUCGUGACAACUACAGCCAAUGGACUUCGUUUCAAAGCCGCAAUCUUCAGCUCCGGUGUGGGAACAUUUUGGCUUUAAGCCGAAUGAGAGAGGAGAGCCAAUUAACUUGAAUGAGCCGGUAUUUGCUUUAUGUAUUUAGCAUCUUUUUUUUUCACAUUCUGGUUCCAAUGUCUAAAUAUUCUUAAGAAUACAAUGUUCUUUGUUCUUUGAAAGAGUGUACUUGCAUUAUUAUGCUAUUAUAUUGUCAUACUGUAAUUACAUAAUAAGUGAAAUAAAAUUGUCUUAAAAUGACAAUAAUAUCAUUUAUCGCAAUUAAUUUUGGUGCAAUAUAUCGCACAACAAAAAGUAGUUAUCGUGACAGCCCUACUCAUGAACACUUGACAUUAAACAUGGAACACACAACACUAUUUAUACACUUAUUUAUCCAACACGCAUACUUAGUCUACAUUUCAAAUUUGCACAAUAUACCUGUACAUACAACUGUCAAUUUAUAUAUUGUUAUUCUUUAUUUACUUGUUCUAUUUUUAUUCUUUUAUUAUCAGUUUUUUUCCUGUCGCUGUCAUUCUGUUGCACUGCGGAAGCUUCUGUACGAAAACAAAUUCCUCAUGUGUAAACAUACCUGCCAAUAAAGCUCAUUCUGA